AUGUCCUCUGAGGUUCAGAGAGGGGAAACACCGGUCAGCAGCACGUCUGUUGACUCCAUCCUGGAGUUUAUUGGUGAAGGCUGCUAUGGUAAAGUGGCCAAGUGCCUGAACCAAGAGACAAGAGAGACAGUGGGCAUCAAAAUCCGGAAGAAGAGGCCUGGAGUGAUCCAUGAUUAUGAGAAUGAGGUACACUUUGAGACUCAUUUGGUUCUGCAGAGUUAGAUCUGCCUCAGUUACACACACGGAUUUUAGACCUCUGCAUCCUCACUGAGAUCAGGCUUUUCAGACACAUUAAACCAGAUAGAUGCAGUACAAACAUUAUCCACCAGAGAGCAGAAGACAUGCUUCACCAGACCUGUGCGUGGGACAACAAAUAACUGACAAAAAAAAUUAGAUUUUUUCUAAUGAAUAUUUCUGCAGAUAUAAAAAAAAUAAAACAAGAAUUGCAAUCAAACUGUUAUUGAUACUUCAAAAGGAACAUAAAGCUAAGCCUUCAUGUUCACCAGCUUAGUGUCUGUUUGUCAUGUGAUGGCGCGCAGGUUAUGUAUGGUGGAAUGUUUGAGAGUUUUUUUUCUGUUUCUCUCUGUAAACACUACAAAUUUAGUUAGUAGAACGGUGAAGUUGCAAGAUAGUAAAUGCCUGGAAACUGUUCAGGUUUCAGGUUACAAUAAAACUUAAAUGCAAGAAGAAGCUGUGUUUUUGUCUAAAAUAGUAAUCACAUGAUUGGAAAAUCUGUGGGUAUGCUCUUCAUUCACAAAGACAUUUUCUUAUGGUUUGCCUUUGUAGCCAGGUUUGAACAGAAAUAUUGUGAAUCCUACAAUCAGUAAGGUCUGUUAAAACGUAGCCUAUUUAAAGUUGGAUUAAGUCGGGUUAUAGUGUUAGCCUACUAUCCCUCUGUCAGUAUCCAUUUAGCUUUGAAAAUGGUUCAAGUGAUACAAACUAAAUUGUACAAAACUAUAGGGUAAGUAUUUAAAAAAGGUUCAUGCUGUUUUGUCAUUAGCAGUACAGAACCGUAAAAUGAAUUACAGUAACAACUAGUCAAUUUUACAGAUUAAUACAGAUAGAUUAAUGGCAACCAUGCUGUCAGGUUUUUACUGUUUUUUUACAGGAAAAGAAAUAAAAAAACAGUUCAUACUGUAUUUGUAAUUAACAGAACAAUACCGUAAAAUAAAUCACAGUUGAAAGACGUUAUUUUUUACCGUAGAAUAAUGGCAACCCUGCUGCCAGUUGAUUACGGUUUUUUUACAGGAAAAUUUCUAACAGUGUUGAUGUUGUUGCUCUGGUCUGUUUGUUUUUCUGAUAUUGUGAGCCAAUGUGAGCUCAGGGAUCCUGUUGGUGCUUCAGACUUUAUAAGAAACUUCUUUUGUAUCAAACUCUGCAGCAGCUUAGAAACUAAAGCCAAAGUCUGUCCUCUUUAUAACCCUGCAGCUGCUGGUCGCUCUGGAUGCCCUGAAGGGUCUUGGUAAUGUGCACUGUGACAUCAAACCAGACAAUAUCAUGCUGGUCAGGUGGGAACUGCCCCUUAAGGUGAAAUUAAUCGAUUUUGGAGAAGCUGUGCAAGUCUCCUAACUCCCACGUGGUCCCAUGUUUCAACCUGUUGGAUACAGGUUAGUGGGUUCAUCUUUGAUUCUUUGAUACAGCUAAUACAGAUUUCUAACCCUGGUCUGUGCUUUUUCUUCCUCAGAGCUCCAGAGGUUUCCUUCGGCCUGCCUCUCACUAAAGUGAUUGAUGUUUGGGGAGUCAGCUGUGUUUUGGCCUGCCUGUUUUUGGCUCAGAAACCUUUUCCAGUCUACUGCGACUGUCGGAUGGUAGGUGACCUUCCUCACACACAAUGGAGACUUUCUGCAGACCCUCCCCUGACCGUCUUUUUCUCAUUUCUCUUUGCAGAUGAAGCACAUUGUCACAGUUCUGGGCCAGCCGGAGGACCACCUGUUCUACACUGCAGAUGUCCUGCACUCAGUGGAUGAAGACCCUGAAGACAGCCGUCUUCCUGGUGGAGAGGUGCCACCUCAACAAUCAGACUCCCUACAAGAGUUUGAACCGGAGUCUCUAAAUGGAGGACUGCCUCCAUUAUUAAGUGGUGACGUUUCACCGUCUCAGUCCUGUGCCAGAGCUGAAGGCAAAGACCUUCAUGAAAAUAUAUCUGCGUCUGAACAAUCAGAUCAUUUACCUUAA